AUGAGCACAUCAACAAGCGAGCUUGCGGGGCUCGAGAAUAUCCGCCAGCGCACGCGAGCACCGUCAACCUCGAAGGACAACGCCACGCCUGAAGAACACAGCAAGACCGAGCUCCUCGCAGAGGGAGACGGCGACGGCGACGGCCGCCCCAAAAGAACCUACGGACGCACGCCCGAUGGGACGGUCUUCGUCGUGCCCGAGACCCACGACAUGGUUUCGCAGCUGCUCGACCCGCGAGAACCCAAGAACCUUUCCGAUGCCGUGGUGCUCGCCAUCCUCGCCCUCCACAUCUGGGCGGCAUACGCCCUUCCAUGGAGCCUCAAGCGCCCAGUCUUCGCUGCCAUCUUCCUCUUCUGGAGAGCCUCGUACAACGUGGGGAUAGGGUACCUCUUGACCGUUCAGUCCAACUAUAAACUUCUGGUCACCUGGGCUAGGAGGCUGAGGCUCUUCGCGGAGCCCUCGACCGGCAACAACCCGCGCCCGUGGCUCUACGAUCUGCUCCGCCGCGAGCUCGAGGCGAAGAUUCCCAAGGACUACCGGAUGGCCGAGGCGCCCAUCGAGUACAAUACCUGGCUUGUGUUUCGCCGUGUGGUGGAUCUGAUCCUCAUGUGUGACUUUGUAUCAUACUGUCUGUUCGCCAUUGUUUGCGCCCACAAGCCGGCCGGCGAGGGAUUUACCGUGGCAUUUGCUCGCUGGUUCGCCGGCAUUGCCCUUGUUGGCUUCAAUCUGUGGGUCAAGCUAGACGCUCAUAGAGUCGUCAAGGACUAUGCCUGGUACUGGGGAGACUUCUUCUACCUCAUCGACCAGCAACUGACCUUCGAUGGUGUGUUUGAGAUGGCCCCGCACCCCAUGUACUCCAUCGGCUACGCCGGGUACUAUGGCAUCUCCAUGAUGGCCGCGAGCUACGACGUCUUGUUCAUCUCCAUCCUGGCGCAUGCUGCCCAAUUCGCCUUCCUGGCCAUUGUCGAGAACCCCCAUAUUGAGAAGACAUACAACCCGCCGCCACCCCGCCAGCGGGCGGUAUCCGAAGCAAGCAGUCAGUCCGAACCGUCGGCCGAGUUCUCAAAGGAAGCAGCGGCAAGCUCGGACGCCCCUCUCCCCGUCCACAACCUGCUGGGAUUCAAGAACUUUGACUUCUUCCGCACUACGGACUACUCGGCCGUCUUGCUCGUCGGCUACUUCGCCGCCUUGACCAUGCUCACGCCGUCUACAUCCAUCUACCAGACCCUCUUUGUAGCAAAUGCCAUUUUGUGGCGCUUGUGGUACUCGGUCGGCCUCGGUAUCAUUUUGACUAAGCAGUCCAACGAGAAGAUGUUCACCCGGCACUUCCUCAAGUUCGGUGAGACGCCGAGAGAGGCCUGGCUGCAAUGGAAGGGCAUGUAUCAUCUGAGCAUGACAAUGUGCCAUGCCUCUUUUCUCGCCGCGUGUUGGAAGAUGUACACCUAUCCGGAAGACUGGGGAUACGGCUGGGUGCUCUUGAAGCACGUGGUCGGUCUGGGCCUGGUCGCGCUGCAGAUCUGGACUGCCGCCAGCAUCUACGACUCUCUUGGCGAGUUUGGAUGGUUCUACGGCGAUUUCUUCUUCGACAGUACCGGGAAGCUCACGUACAAGUCCAUCUACCGCUUCCUCAACAACCCCGAACGUGUCAUCGGCACCGCGGGCCUGUGGGGCAUGGCGCUCAUUACCUGGAGCAGGGCCAUCUUCAUGAUCGCCCUCAUCGGCCAUAUUCUUACCCUCGGCUUCAUCUCGUACGUGGAGAAGCCGCACAUGCAGAAGAUCUACGGCGAGAAGGUCCGGAAGGAGGCCGGCCUGACAAAGUUCAUCAAGCGCUCGCUCCCGGAGCCCGUGAAAGGCUUGCAGAUGAGCAUGGACAAGGUGCUGGAUGAGACCAAGCAGUUCGUCGACGACUUUGUUGAUGCUGCCCGCUCGAAGCUGGCCACCGGGCCCUCGACCAUUGUCAGGGAUACAACGGCCCUGUUCAACAAGUAUCCCGCCCGUCUGACUCUCAGCCGGAUAUCCCCCGACCUCGCGGGCUACGAUCCCAAGCACUACAGUAUCUCUAUGGAAGGGACGCCGUCGAUGGCUGCCGACGAGAAGGCCACCGGCAAGGAGAGCCCAACUGCGCGGGUGGCCAAGCAUGUCAAGACCAAGGUGUUCGAGUACGGCGCUCCCAUCCGGGUCAAGUGGACCGCGCCGGCAAACCACAGUAAAAGAGACUGGGUUGGCCUGUACAUGGUGACGGACAACCGAUCCCGCGAGGUGACCGAAGUUCCGAGUCUGGGCCGGUGGGUGCCAACUUGCCCCGGGCAGUUCGACACCACGACGGAUCAGGGCAUCGUCUCGUCGGAUCAGCCGGUUGAAGCGUCCGAUCCAGCCAACGUGGAUCUAGUGCAGGGCGAGAUGGUGUUUGAGGGCGAUAAGCUGUGGUGGACGCAGGGUGUCUUCGAGUUCCGGUACCACCACGCCGGCGGCCACAACGUCGUGUCCAUCUCCGAGCCGUUCGAGGUGCGCAUCCCGAAAGUAGACGAUGAGAACGGCGACAUCGUUGGCGCCAAGGAGGUAGAGGACGCGCUUCUACCUAUCGUUCGCAACUGCCUUGACCGCGAUCCCGACAUCGCCCCGUCCACGGUGGACGAGAGGUUCGGAGCACACGUCGAGAGGGACAGCAAGUACGCCAAGAGAGUCGUCUAUGCCAUUCGCCACAUGUUCGGCGUCGAGUUUACGCCUGCUGUGGUGCCUGCUGAUGGGAAUGUGCGGCGGCUGGCUUGGCGGAUAUGCAGCGCAAAGGAAGUGCUUGCACCGUAUAGCAUGUCGCAGCGACAGGGACCUUCGACACCUGUUAGAGACAAGUUUCCCGAUUCGUUGUAG